AUGUCUUCAUUAACCCCAUCGACCGAAUCAACUGCACACGAAUUAACAUUAUUCGACGUUUCAGCAAAAGAAACCCCAUUAUCCGACGAAUCAACAGACCCUCUUCAUUCCGAGAUCAUGGCUUACUUUAUUAGCCGAGGUUUUAAUCAAACCUCGUUAGAACGCCAGCGACUGAACCCAACAAUCUUCGUUGGCAUUGAGGGAACUGGUGUAAGUGGUGUUACUUCAGGUGAUGAUAAGAGAUUACUUGUGGAAUGGGUCUUACGGAAGAAACAGCAAAUGAACUCCAUAAUAAUGCCUUUGAUAACGUUUUCUAUGAUGCAAACCUUCCACGCAAUCAGUGGAUCAUCAUAUGAUGAUAUCAAUACUGGAAUAGAUAACAUUUUAAGUAACAAUACGAAAGUCGCUGAUACCAAUUCGACAAUCUAUACGAUACACAGUCUCGAUUUCGGAUCGGAUCCUAGCUUUUGCUUAAACUCAUCGAUUGAAAAUGCAAACAAUUGGAUUAAGAAUCUUUCUGAAGGUGAUGAUCUAUGGAAGAAGGUGGUGGUUGCUUCGAGAUGUACUAAGGUAUCGGAAGUAGAUAAUGAUACGGAUACCAAUUAUCGAACCCAAGACAAAUUCUAUCUGAAUGGGCAAGUUAUGGUGGAAAUGAUGCUAAGGGUUCAUGGUAGAAUGUCAUUCCCAGUGCUCAAUGGUUCGAACCUAUUCGACACCUUCAACUCGCUAUUAAGACUCCCAUGGCGGCAAUGCUUAUGGACAACUAUUAUUUUGGCGUUAUUUAUUUUCAUACAAAAUAGAUAG